CCUCACCUGUGGUGGCUCUCUAGGCUAAUAUUCCAGUCGCGGUCCAGCAGCUGUCCGCACUGUCCAGCAGCUGCAGAGGGACAACGGGCUGUGGCCACAUCGAGACUUGUCGUACGCACAACAUUUAUUCUGGAAGCAUGGUAAGGACCGUCAUGGACCGCCGCCACCACCAGCAGAAGAGGCGGCACCCCAAACCCGUCCGCCCGUCAAGCCCACUGAUCGACCUGGACCAUCUGUCCCCGAAUGCCAGCCGCUGUCCCGGCCGCAACUUUCGCGGCCGCAGCGCUCGCGGGAGCGCGGGAGGAGACCGCAAGCCGCCCGUGCAACCGCUAGACUUCUCCCUCAAGGGCGCAGCGGCGUCCUCCCGUCCCUCGCCGUUGGCCCCCGAAGACCACCGCAGGCCGUCUCCGGACUGCGUUUGUCUCGGCGCCGCCUGCUCGAACCCAGGGCCGUCGAAACCGCUGCCGUCCCCGGAGUUGCAUCAUCACAACCCGUCCCUGCUGAUGCCUCGCACGACGACGACCACGCCCGCCUCAACGUCACCGCCGGCCCCGUUCCAGAACGGAUACGCGAACGGCCAUGGCGGGGCCAGCGACCUGAAGCAGGGCCUACACAACUCUACGCUGACGUCGCCUCCGAGGAGCGAGCUGUCGGUCUCUCCGGCGCUCGUCAGACCACCGCCGCAGCAGCCGGUGACCACGCCCCUGCAGUUUCAUCCGCCGGUCAACGCGUCUACUAGCCCGCAGCCGACUGUCUCGUCAACGACGAGCAAGUGCAAGCGACUCGGCACGGAUCUGUACAGCGUUGCCGACCAGUUCUUGCCUGCGGCUCCAGCUGCGACGACGGGUCUCCACCACGCCAACCAGGCGGCCAAAGCGGGGUCCGCGGCCGCCUGCCUGCGGGCCGAGUUCGUGAACGGACGCAAAGGAGGACACCACAGGGCGUCGAGGACGACGGGCUCUCCAUCUGCCGCCGCCGGCUCUGCGAGCCAGCUAGCCACGACGUCGCCUCCGCCACUGAGCAACGGCGCCGCGACGUGCCGCGCCGACAGCGGUGAAGAAGGCGGCCCGACGUCGCCGGAGAACAGCAACUCGUCCGGUUUGACCGUCGCCAAUGAGGACACAUCUACCAGCGGGCGCGUCGUCAACGGCGAAACUACUACGAACGGAGGAGCGCUCACCGCCAACGGAGGCGUCGCCGCCGCAAACGGUGGCCCCCCGAACGGCGAUCGCUCCGCCGCUAGCGGCGGCGGUCCCAUCCCCAGCAGGCGGCGAGGCUGCCGCCUACCCGAAGAAGAGAAGGACGAUGCGUACUGGGAACGACGCCGCAGGAACAACAAGUCCGCCAAGAAGUCCCGGGAUGCCCGAAAGGCCAGGGAGAAAGCGACUGCCAUGAAGGCCGCCGACCUGGGACAGGAGAACUUGAGGCUCCGCUACGAGAUCGCUGGUCUCCGUGCCAAGCUAAACCUUCUGCAGCAGGUCGUGUACCCGAACCUGUUCUCCCAACAGCUCCAGCAGCAGGCACGCCUGCAGUCAUUCCCGCCCGCACACUUCUAAGGCCCUGUAACACCUGUGCGGCCUGUGGUGUUUGAAGGACAUCGGGGCAUGUCAACUCCCGCGGUGCGCGACCAUCAAGGAAGCAGCUUAGACUACGUGCGAAAUAUGCCACGCCUUCAGAGAGAUUCUGAAAAUAAACGCCUAUUGUAUAGCA